CCAGGUCCAGGGAGCGGCUGUUGUCCAUGGACAGCACCACGGACGUGUCCGAGAUCUGGAACUGCGGCUCACAGAUCUCCUCUUCAUACAGGCUUUUAAAGGGAUCAUUUGAGUACACAAGAAAACGAUGAAAAACCAGCUCAGCAGAAUGUCUGCAAAUAAUGCAAAGGGCACAUUGCUGUCCAUCAGGAGAAGUAAUUAAUGGGUUUAUUAUGUAUGGAAGCGUCAUCCCUUCAGUUUGCUGUCUGGUCUGAAUAGCUCCUAUCAGCUCUUCAUUCAUGCCAAGGAUGCUCACUGUCCGGAGAGAUGAUACCUCCUUCGGGUUUUUCCCUCCCUCCUCACAAGCCAGCGUACCAGAACUAUGUGUUGCAGAGGUGCAAGGAAGGCAGAAGAAACCCCCUCGUCCUCUACAAAAAUGAAGCCAAAGGACUGAAAAGUUGGUAGAGGAAAGCCAGAGAGUGCCAGAGAAGAUCUGGGCUUCAGGUCAGCAUAAUUUUUUAAAGCAACUUGAUCUGGGGGCAUGUGUAAUUCUGAACGAUGGACAGCAGAACUUUUCCAGAAGGUAAAGACAUCUACACAAAGGGCCCAGAUUUCUCAAUGAAUUUUUAAUAAGUUCUGAACACUCAAGUUGUCUGUGGUCAGAUCAACUGCUGGUAUUGGAUAAGGAAAGGCAAAAGUCACCCUCUAUCUCUAUGAUCCUGUCCACAUGGAACCUUCAUCUAUCGCGUGCUGUCUUAACUGAUGCUCCAGGAUUACCAAGAAUACAGCUCGAGAGACAUUGCAAGAAACCACAGUGGUGAACGAAAACACGCAGGCAAAGUAGAAAAGGAUUUCAGGCACCGAAGCUUACUAUUUCCAGCCAGAAUUAGAUUACUGAGCUUCAAACACACCACUGCCAGGUGCUGACCAAGAGGAGGUGAGAGAGGAAAGAGAUGGUCUAGAAACCAAGACUUAACCCUAUUUAAGGAUGGAAGAGGAACCUUAUCACAACACCAGCACUGUCAAUGGCACCCCAGUAAGUCACCAGCCUCUGGAACACCAUGGGUUGUGGGAGAUCAUCACCAUUGCAGCCGUGACUGCUGUGGUCAGCCUGGUCACCAUUGUGGGCAACAUCUUAGUCAUGAUCUCCUUCAAAGUCAACAGUCAGCUGAAGUCAGUUAACAACUAUUACCUGCUCAGCUUGGCCUGUGCCGAUCUCAUCAUUGGGAUUUUCUCCAUGAACCUCUACACCACCUACAUCCUCAUGGGACGCUGGGUGCUCGGGAGUCUGGCUUGUGACCUCUGGCUUGCACUGGACUAUGUGGCCAGCAAUGCUUCUGUCAUGAACCUUCUGGUGAUCAGUUUUGACCGUUACUUUUCUAUCACAAGACCUCUGACCUAUCGGGCCAAGCGUACCCCAAGAAGAGCUGGCAUCAUGAUUGGCCUGGCCUGGCUAAUCUCCUUCAUCCUUUGGGCACCGGCGAUCCUCUGCUGGCAGUACCUGGUUGGGGAGCGGACAGUGCCACCAGAUGAGUGCCAAAUCCAAUUCCUCUCCGAGCCCACCAUCACUUUUGGCACUGCCAUCGCUGCCUUCUACAUCCCUGUUUCUGUCAUGACCAUCCUCUACUGCCGAAUCUACCGGGAAACAGAGAAGCGAACCAAGGACCUGGCCGACCUCCAGGGCUCUGACUCCAUGGCCGAAGCUGAGCCAAGAAAGCCAGCUCAAAAGGCUCUGCUGACAUCCUGCUUUAGCUGCCCUCGGCCCACGCUGGCCCAGAGGGAGAGGAAUGAAGCCUCCUGGUCAUCCUCCCACAGGAGCACCUCCACCACUGGGAAGCCAUCCCAAGCCAUGGGCCCAAGCACCGAGUGGGCCAAAGCUGAGCAGCUCACUACCUGUAGCAGCUGCCCUUCCUCAGAGGAUGAGGACAAGUCCACUGCUGACCCUGUCUUCCAAGUAGUCUACAAGAGUCAGACCAAGGAAAGCCCAAGGGAAGAAUUCAGUGCCGAGGAGACCAAGGAAACUUUUGUGGAAGCUCAAGCUGAAAAAAAUGACUAUGACACCCAAAAAUACUUCUUGUCCCCAGGUGCUGCUCAUAGAUCCAAGAGUCAGAAAUGUGUGGCCUAUAAGUUCCAAUUGGUGGUAAAAGCUGAUGGGACCCAGGAGGCCAACAACAGCUGUCACAAGGUUAAAAUCAUGCCCUGCUCCUUCCCAGUGUCCAAGGAUCCUUCCACAAAAGGCCUGGAUCCCAACCUCAGCCAUCAAAUGACCAAACGAAAAAGAAUGGUCCUUGUCAAGGAGAGGAAAGCAGCGCAGACUUUGAGUGCCAUUCUCCUGGCGUUCAUCAUCACCUGGACCCCUUAUAACAUAAUGGUCCUGGUUUCCACCUUCUGUGACAAAUGUGUCCCAGUCACCCUGUGGCACUUGGGCUACUGGUUGUGCUAUGUCAACAGUACCGUCAACCCCAUUUGCUAUGCCCUCUGCAACAGAACCUUCAGGAAGACCUUUAAGAUGCUGCUACUCUGCCGAUGGAAAAAGAAAAAAGUAGAAGAGAAGUUGUACUGGCAGGCGAACAGCAAGCUCCCCUGAAAAGUCAACAACGCCUCUCAGAAGAGUCACCAUGGUCAAUUCCCUUUGAGGAUGGGUGAGUUGAUCCUGGUUUAAUUCUUUCAAAAGAACAUCUGUCAUUUUGGACACCUGAGGACUUUGUGGAGCUUGAGAUCCAUAACCAAAGGAAGGAGUCACAGCUGCCACAAGUGCUGCCAUAUUCAAUGAUUCUUGUCUAUAACCAAGGUCACCUCAUGCUACUGGGGUUUGCUGUUAAAGUGAAGAGACAGACUUGUGUCCUUUCACAGGAUGAGGAAUGCUGAAUCACAGUGAACAGUGACUUAGGGAAUUUCUGUUCCCUGACCUUUUGGGGAGCAGCAGGGACUGGGUGGAAACCUUCCCUGCAGAAACCUGUGUUGAGGUUUUGUGCAAUAUAUUUGUGUCUAUUAAGUUGUCUCCUAUCAGAACUGGGAGACUGUGUCACCUGUUCAGCUGGCUUCUAAGACUCUACUUCUUUAUAAACUAGUCAGUAUUAUGCAGCUACUACAUGUUCUGUACUGUGGUACGUUUUUUUGUCCCUACAUCUGAGUGAAGCUCUCCCCUUUCCUUUUACAACCGAUCCCAACUCCUGGUACCCAUGGAAACCAUGCUGGUCUCCACAUUACCAUCCUUUCUUCUCAGAAUCCUGGGUCUGGAAGGACACCGAAACCCGAUCCCAUCCAAUCCUACACAGGGGCCUCUACUCUGCUGGUAAAGGCCGUCAAAUCUCCACAGUUAUUUUCGUUUUUACCAGUGAGAAUUUUUUUCCUUUUAUCUAAACAGAUAUUGUGUAUUGUGUUCUGUGCCUACGUGGGCCUAACCAUCCAUGCUCUGUUCUAAGGAAAACUACAUGAUUGCAUAAAGAUCUUCUCUGGGCUAUUUAAUUAUGAUUCCUUUCAUUGUUUCCAGAGGCCUUAUUUUCCAAUCUCCACCAGGCAAACCUGAGGCAAAUGUGGAAAACAAAUUUGGUUUCACCCCACUUUUUUGAAAUUCUUCCAUAACUCUUUUGCCAGCGUCCAAUUUCUCUCAUCCAGAUGCAAUUCACAGCCAGGCACAAGCAGGUCAUGGUGCUGCUUCAGUCAGAAGUGCUAUUUGGAGGGACAGAAGGGGAAAGGCUUUCUUUCUUUCUUU